AUGACAGAGGCUGUUGAACGGGAGGGCAAACGCAAGAUAGUCAGAGACGCGUUUUACUACGACACCGUAGUUUUCCAGGUGGAGAACACGCUGUUCAGACUCCCUCGGCAGAAGAUCGCAAACGAGUCGGAGACGUUCCGAGAACUCCUCUCCCAGCCCGCGCAAGGGAGCUCGGACGAGGAGCCCAUCAAGCUCAAGCGCGUCACCGUCGCCGAUUUCCGCUCCUUUCUGGCCGUGUUGUUCCCUGCGCCUCGGAACAGGGAAUACAACCGACCUGUCAGCAAGUCGACGGAGGAGUGGAAGUCCGUCUUCGAGCUCGCGUCCAGGUGGCGGUUUGCGUCCAUUCGAGCGGUCGCCGUCCGGGAGCUCGAGCCCAAGAUCGAGGGGCAGAAGAACGCGAUCGCGUGGGUGCUCCUCGCGCGGCGGUGCAACGUGCGCUCCUGGCUCGUCUACGCCCUCACCGGGCUCGUCAAGAGGGAGCAGCCGCUCGACGCGAAGGACAUCGACUCGCUCGGGGUCUCGACGUUCAUGGCGCUGAUGAAGCUGCGCGAAGAGUACCUGAAGCUUUCGGUCGAGGCGAAGAGCAGGUCGAGGCACCGUUCGGAGCUGGAAGAGGCGCUUAAGGACGCGAGCGCGAGGAUUCAGGGGAGCGUUCGUCGGCAGUUUUCGGACGAGCUGGUAAAGCUUGAUAAAGCCUCUGCGGCGGGAGAGUUUGGACCUCUCGACGAUGGGUUGACGAAGAGACGGAAGCGGAAAGCGGAAGGGGCUCCGGAGGCGGGGUCGAAGUCGAUGAAACUGGAGCAAGAGGCGCUUUUGGUCGAGAUGUGA